ACGUCUUUCCACGGCAAACAAUGAGCUCCCGAAUUUUACUCAGCUGCUCUCUCCGAGCGGCCGUGCCUACCGCAUCAACUAAAACCGAUCAUAAGCUGCAACGCCACAGUUACCUUACAGCGCUGAUCACCUGCGAGUCAUAAUUAUUAUCCCCCACCGCAUAUGCUAUUUUAUACGUCAUGUACUUCCUGAGUUUCCCUUCCCUGUUAUCUCCCUUCGGCGUCGCGACCUACGGACUCAGGUCAGUUACUGCCGUUCGACCGCGUCACUCUGCUGAGCUAUCAUCCGCUCCCUCAAUCACUCGUUCGUACAAUUUCCGCCAACCUAUAACUUAUCCGACCCUACGCUGGUUUAGUACUAGUUUCGGCUUCACUUUGCUUGUCGAUCCGCAACCCCCGGUCAACGAGGCGUAGGCGAAGCUAGUCUCAUUUCGUGGCCGCUAUACUUCCGUGUUUUUCACU